AUGAUGGUCCUGGGUGGGUUUAGGGACGUUCGGAGUCGGUUGGUCUGCGGGGUGGGCGAGCGCCACGCUGAGGAAUCGCGGGCCAGUCCAGGACAGGCGGAAGGCGGCCUCUGGGUGCUGCUGAGAACAACUCGGGUGGGGGAAGGGUCGUGGGGAAAAGUAGAGUUCAGCGUGUUUCUGUCUUUGCGUGUAGGACUAUCAGAGGAGGCGCAGAGGAGCGGCGCGGGGUAUUUCCCGGUCCCGGGGAAAGCCGGCUGCGCCCGCGGCGCCCGCGCCGUGGCCCCUCUCCCGAGGCGGCGAACGCUCCCCCCGGCCCGGGCCGCGGCCCUCCCGCCCCGGCGGAGGCGCGCGGUGGAUUGUGGGCUGGGGGCUGCGGCGGCCUCGCAGCGGCCUCCGUGGUCGCGGCGCGGCGCGGCGGCGGCUCCUCUGGAGGCCGGGGAUGUGGGAGAGGCGGUGGCAGCAGCGGCGGAGGCGGCGCUGCGGACCCGGGGGAAACUGCUGGCUGACAGGACACCCGGGAGAGACGUGAGGGAGCCGCCGCUGCCGCCUCUCACCCGCCGCCUCUCAGCACAGGAGGCCCUGUGCUCCCCCCGGCCGACGGGCCAGCCGGCGCGGGGCGGGGGCGGGAAGCCGGGUUCGGGCCCGGCGGGGCUCAGGGCGGCGGCGGCCGCGGAGCAGCCUCGGCGCGACGUGGAGGGCUGGAGGCGGCGGCGAUGCACUAGGCCUCGCUCUGGGGCGGCUGCCCGGGACCCGCAGGUAGGUGUCGGGCCGGCCCCACUCGCCCCCCGGCGCUUCGCGGCUCACGCUCACCCCGACCUCCGGUGGAGAGAGGGCCCGAGACCCCACCCCCUGUGUCUCCUCCCCGGCCCGAAGCCGAUAGAGUUUCGGUCACAACUGACGGGCGCUGAAGCUUCCCAUUCUCCUCUCGGCCGCCUCCACCUCUGCAUUUUCGGUCCGGCUUUGGGAUCAGGGCCGGCAGCUGUUCUCCCCACCUCCGGUCGGCGGCCGAAAACGCUGCUGUCCCCCCUCUCGCCCCUCUCUGGGAUCCGGGCUUUGGAACUUCCACCACCCUCCUUAGAUGCCGCCCCCAAACUUUCCCUUUCUUUUUCCAGCCGGGCCCUUAACCCUCUUUUGAGCCUACUGGAAUAAAUAAAUGGAAAAAAAGAAAAAAAAA